UACAUCUUUCUAGUCAUGAAUUUUCAUCUUAAAAAAGAAAUAAUUUUGUGAAGAGACGAAGACUGAGCCGUUGUGACAGCAUUGCCAACCCAAGCAGCAGUCAACUUUUCCACUGCUCCGCACAGAACCUGGGAAUAGGAGAGUAAAUUCGAAUCUCUCCUUCCCUUUUUUGUGAAAAAAAAAAAAUUUUUUUUUUGAUCCUCAGCUACAUUUUUUUUGGACUUUGUGAGAAACCAAAUCAUCAAAGACAAUGGCCAGCAAUGUCACCAACAAGACAGACCCUCGCUCCAUGAACUCCCGUGUAUUCAUUGGGAAUCUGAAUACACUGGUGGUCAAGAAGUCUGAUGUGGAGGCGAUCUUCUCCAAGUAUGGCAAAAUCGUGGGCUGCUCUGUUCAUAAGGGCUUUGCCUUUGUCCAGUAUGUUAAUGAGAGAAAUGCCCGAGCAGCAGUGGCGGGAGAGGAUGGCAGAAUGAUCGCAGGCCAGGUUUUAGACAUCAAUCUGGCCGCGGAGCCCAAACUAAACCGAGGAAAAGCCGGUGUGAAGCGAUCUGCAGCAGAGAUGUACGGCUCCUCUUUUGGUUUGGACUAUGACUUUCAACGCGAUUAUUAUGACCGGAUGUACGGUUAUCCGGCACGUGUCCCUCCACCGCCUCCUAUUGCUCGGGCUGUGGUGCCCUCAAAACGCCAGCGCGUUUCAGGAAACCCCUCACGAAGGGGCAAGAGUGGUUUCAAUUCUAAGAGUAGGCAGCGAGGAUCUUCCAAGUCUGGAAAGUUGAAAGGAGAUAAUAUUCAGGCCAUUAAGAAGGUGUUGACCCAGAUAAAACAAAAAGUAGAUUCUCUACUGGGAAACCUGGAGAAGCUUGAAAAGGAGCAAAGCAAACAAGCAGCGGAGAUGAAGAAUGAUAAGCCAGAAGAGGAGCAGAGUGGCAGCUCCGUGAAGAAAGAGGAGACUAAUGUGAAGAUGGAGUCCGAAGGAGGUGCAGAUGACCUUGCUGAAGAGGGAGAUCUCCUGGAUGAUGAUGAUAAUGAAGAACGGGGAGAAGACCAGCUGGAGUUGGUCAAGGAUGAUGAGAAAGAGGCUGAGGAAGGAGAGGAAGACUCUUAAGUUUAGAAAUCUUGUCCCAUUAUUUCUUUAUCUAGGCGCUUGUCUAAGAUCAAAGUUUUCACCAGUUCCUCUCCCCUAGUAUCUUUAGCACAUGCUCACUGUUCGCCCCAUCCUUGACCUUCCCAUGUUCAUUCAUUCAUAUUGCCCUGCGCCUAGUCCCAUUUUCACUUCCUUUGAUGCUCCUAGUAGUUAUGUUAAGUCUUACCCUGUAAUUUUUGCUUUUAAUUUUGAUACUUCUUUAUGACUUAAGGAUGUACGGUUUAAGAAAAGAGAGAGAUAAGCUAGUAACUUUGUCUAAAUUUUUAUUAUCAGACCAGUGUUUCUCAAAGUGGGCAUUACCACCCCUGAGGGGAACUGGAUGAUCCAGGGGGACAGUAGUAGCCUCGGGUUGCAAUUGCGAGGUGCUUUCUGUUCUCAAAAAGAAGGUAGAUUUCUGGAGGGGACCUGAAUGUUUUUGUUGUUUUUGUUUCUCUGAGGGGGAGGGUGGUAGGCCAAAUAAGUAUGUGAACCUAUGUAUCUGAUUGACUAGAGAGUAAAACUAGUUCAUCUUACUCUGUUUGUACAUUCUACUUAAGAUUUAAAUUACUGGUUUAUAUUUAUAUUAUAUCAGUACUUUCUGGAGUGACCCAAUAAAAAAUAGCAUGUUGAACAACUAGA